AUGAAAUUCUUCCAAGGCCUUCUCUUCGCCGCCUUGUGCGUUGCCGUCAGCUCGAAAGCCAGUGAGUUCAUUCAAAUUUUGCAUUUUUAAAUAAUUUUUAAAAGUUUUUUUUGUUUUCAACUUUUUACCGCGCUUUUUAACUUUUAGUCUACAAGCGUGACAACAGCUACGGAGAUGAGCCAGUGACUCCAGCCCCAGCUGCCCCAGCCGAAGCUGCCCCAGCUGAAGCCGCCCCAGCCGAAGCUGCCCCAGCCCCAGAAGCCGCCCCAGCUGCCGAAGCCGCUCCAGCUCCAGCCGCCGACUACCAAGCUGCCCCAGCCCCUGAAGCCGCUCCAGCUGAAGCUGCCCCAGCUCCAGUUGAGCAACCAGCUCCAGAAGCCGCUCCAGUCGCUGCCUCCGGCUACAGAAAGAAGAGAGACAACAGUUACGGAGACGAGCCAGUAACUCCAGCUCCAGCCGCUGAAGCCGCUCCAGCCGAAGCUGCCCCAGCUGAAGUCGCCCCAGCCGAAGCUGCCCCAGCCCCAGAAGCUGCUCCAGCCGCCGAGGCCGCCCCAGCUCCAGCCGCUGACUACCAAGCUGCCCCAGCUCCAGAAACCGCUCCAGCUGAAGCUGCCCCAGCCCCAGUUGAACAACCAGCCCCAGAAGCCGCUCCAGUUGCCGCUUCCGGAUACAGAAAGAAGAGAGACAACAGCUACGGAGACGAGCCAGUCACUCCAGCUCCAGCCGCCGAAGCUGCCCCAGCUGAAGCCGCUCCAGCCGAAGCUGCCCCAGCUGAAGCCGCCCCAGCUCCAGAAGCUGCUCCAGCCGCCGAAGCCGCUCCAGCCCCAGCCGCCGACUACCAAGCUGCCCCAGCCCCAGAAGCUGCCCCAGCUGAAGCUGCUCCAGCCCCAGUUGAGCAACCAGCUCCAGAAGCCGCUCCAGUCGCCGCCUCCGGAUACAGAAAGAAGAGAGACAACAGCUACGGAGAUGAGCCAGUAACUCCAGCUCCAGCCGCCCCAGCCGCUGAAGCCGCCCCAGCCGAAGCCGCUCCAGCUGAAGCUGCCCCAGCCGAAGCCGCCCCAGCUCCAGAAGCUGCUCCAGCUGCCGAAGCCGCCCCAGCCCCAGCUGCUGACUACCAAGCUGCCCCAGCUCCAGAAGCCGCUCCAGCUGAAGCUGCUCCAGCCCCAGUUGAACAACCAGCCCCAGAAGCCGCUCCAGUUGCUGCCUCAGGCUACUAG